AUGGCCGAACCAUUGAAUAUUGAUAGUAUCAUAUCUCGCCUUCUUGAAGGAUGCCGUCCGGGAAAAGCCGUCCAGCUGGCCGAAGCGGAAGUCCGCGCGCUCUGCCUCAAGUCGCGGGAAAUCUUUCUCAGUCAGCCCAUUCUACUCGAACUCGAGGCGCCACUGAAGAUCUGCGGUGACAUUCACGGGCAGUACACCGAUCUGCUGCGCCUGUUUGAGUACGGCGGCUUUCCACCUGAAGCCAACUACCUCUUUCUGGGCGACUACGUGGACCGAGGCAAGCAAUCGCUGGAGACGAUCUGCCUCCUCCUGGCCUACAAGAUCAAGUACCCGGAGAACUUCUUCCUCCUGCGCGGAAAUCACGAGUGUGCCAGCAUUAACCGUAUCUACGGCUUCUACGAUGAAUGCAAACGAAGAUAUAAUAUCAAACUCUGGAAGACAUUCACAGACUGCUUCAAUUGUCUGCCAAUUGCCGCUAUCAUUGACGAGAAGAUCUUUUGCUGCCACGGAG